AUGAGUAGAUUUACUAGUAAUCCAAGUAAUGGACACUGGAAGACAAUCACGAGGAUUUUUGGCUAUCUACUAAAAACCAAAAACCUUGGCCUUCAUUAUGGUAGGUUCCCUGGCGUAUUAGAAAGAUAUACUGAUGCGAGUUGGAUAUCUAACGUUGGAGAUCAUAAAUCUACAACUGGAUGGAUAUUUACACUAGCUGGAGGAGCAAUUUCUUGGAAGAGCAAUAAACAAACAUGUAUUACUCUUUCGACCAUGGAAUCAGAGUUUGUGGUUCUCGCUUCCGCUGGUCAAGAAGCAGAAUGGUUGAGGGAUCUUCUGUUGGAAGUUCCAUUGGCUAAAGACAAUGUUUCAAAGGUGAUGAUACACUGCGAUAGCCAAGCCACUUUUGCAGAUACUCAGAAGUAG